AGAAGAUCUUAUCCUGAUGUAAUAAAUCAAUCAAAAAUAAAAAACCAUUCACAAGUAAAUCUUCGAAGAAAUUUACUUAUAUUACACAUCCUAAAAACAUUAGCAUCACUGGUUCACUCGUAUGUGGAAGAGUGAAUCCUUAACUUUGAUUGGAAAUGCAAAAUAUAAAUAAAUUAAAUUUUUAUAAUUAAUAUCCAAUAUAGGUAUAUAUUGAGUUUCAGAUAAAUAUUAUUUUUGUGUAAUUUAUAAAAAUGGCCGAAGUUCCAUUGAGCUUAGGAGAAAAAACAUUUAUUCUUCAUGGAGUUGAUGCAGAUUUUAGAAAUGAUGGAAGAAAAAGAUAUGAAUAUCGAUCAUUCGAAAUUGAAACCAAUUUGAUGCAACAAACGCAUGGUUCAUCAAGAUUACGAAUAGGAAAUACUGACAUUUUAGUUGGUGUUAAAGUAGAAAUUGAUUCACCAUAUAUUGAUCGACCAUGUGAAGGAAAAUUAGAAUUUUUUGUAGAUUGUUCAGCCAAUGCUACCCCAGAAUUUGAAGGUAAAGGUGGAGAUGAUCUAGCAAUGGAAAUAAGUAAUAUUUUGUCAUUAUCUUAUCAGACUCCAGGUGCAUUUAACUUAAAAGAUUUAUGUAUUUUACCAUAUAAAAAAUGUUGGAAAAUGUUUGUUGAUAUUUUGAUAUUACAAUGUGGAGGGAAUCUUUUUGAUGCUGUAGGUAUAGCUGUAAAAGCUGCUUUAUAUAGUACAGAAAUACCAAGAGUAACUGCUGCAUCUCUUGAUGGUGGAGAAGCAGACAUACAAAUAUCAGAUGAUCCUUUUGAUUGUAUCAAAUUAGAUAUUACAAAUUAUCCAGUUAUUGUCACAUUGUGUAAAAUAGGAGAAAAUUGUGUAAUAGAUCCUACUUCAGAAGAAGAAAUGUGUAGUCCAGCAAGUACAAUUAUAUCUAUAAUGCCAAAUGGUAAUAUAACAUCAAUUGUCAAAAUAGGAUAUGGUAGUAUGCAGGAUGUUACAUUACUUAAAAUGCUAGAGAUGGGUAAAACUAUUGCACUUGCAUUAAAUGAUGCUCUUAUGAAUGCAUUAAAGAAGGAAACAGAACUUGGACCAACGAAACCUAUAGUUGGAUUUCUCAGAUAAAAAAUAUAACAUACUAAUUUUGAUGUACAUAAAUUUUAAUGACAAUUGUACAAAUCAUAAAAAAAAAACAAAUAAAAAGUAUAGAAUAUUA